AUGUAUUUUCUUAAGGUGAAGCCCUGCCACCUGGACGCCCUCACCUUCACCCUGCAGCCCGUGUACGAGCGCCGCAUCGGCGUGAAGUUCAUCUGGGGCGAGGUCAAGACGCUCAAGGAGAGGACCGCCAGCAUCAAGACCAUGUUCUCCUCCGAGGAGGACGAGGUCGGCUUCGACUUCUGCAUCAUCUGCUCCGGCUGCAACUUCGGACCCUUCAACGUUGACAUGAAGCCGUCGACGACGGGAGAGUCCCUGUGGUUCCCGACUGUUCACGAGUUCGGGCGCGCUGGCAGCGAGUGGGCGCACAUUGACGAGCGUUUCAUCGAAGGGCGUCGCCGUCACAUCUUGGAGGAGUACCACAAGCUCAUCGAGCUAGAGAAGAAGGAGGCCAAGGUGUUGGUUGCAGGAGCCGGCUUCAUCGGCGUGGAGUGGGUUACAGAGCUGGAGUAUUUCUUCCCGAAGCUCAAGCUGGCCAUCAUCGACUUCCUGCCCCGCAUCCUGGGCCCCCUGCCGGACAGCGCCGCGGGCUACUGCUCUGAGUACAUGGCCGCCGCAGGCAUCAAGGAGUACGUCAGCACGAAGUACGAUCCCGGCAACUCUGAGUUCUGGAACAAGAUCGACAUGCCCGACAAGUCUGAUCUUACAUACCUGUGCAUGGGUUUCAAAGCUUCCAACUACUUCAUGCCCCAAGAGACCCUCGCCAGGCCUGGCCUGGUCCCCGGUGGUGGCGGCUGGAUCCACAUCAAUAACAACUUGCAGGUGUGCGAAGCGCCGGCGGAAGACGCGGCCAAAGAGGAGAUUGCGGAGAGCCUUGAGGCGCUGAAGGAGGGCUCCAAGCCAGGGGGCAAGUGGGAGUUCAAGCCCGGCAAGACGUGGGCGGACGGCCGCAUCUUCGCCGUGGGAGACUGCAACUUUGGGUGCGUCGGCAGGUACAGGAAGUACAAGAAGGGCGAGGGCACGGGCAUGCACUUCGUGGGCGACUUCCCCAUCAUCCCGAAGAUCUCCUACCCGGGCGAGGAGCAGGCGCUGCACGCGGUGCGGAACGUGCAGAAGCUCGACAAGGCAGUCAAGAGUGGCAAGAAGACCAGCGAGGUGACGGGGCUGAUCAAGUCCUGGUGGCCGUGGGGCGCUGGCAUGUUCGCCACCAGCCUGGGCCCCCACGACGCCGCCUUCGUGGUGGCCGCCAACGAGAAGCCGAAGUCGGGCUACAUGGUGAACUGGUGGAUCCCCGCCGCGCUGCAGAAGGAGAUCAUCGAGACCACCAAGAUCGACGAGUGCCGCGACCGCUGGGUCGGCAUCCUCAUCUGGCACUUCGUGCACCACACGCCGGUGCACCUCUUCGGCCGCGGGCCCUGCUGCGGCAUCUGCUCCCGGGAGGCAUGGCCAGGCGCUGCUGGCUGGAAGCGGGCGCCGCGCCAGACUGCCACCCUCACCAACGCCUUUGAGGCCCGCAGCGGAACCAUGCCUGGAAGCAAGUCCAAGUGCCUGAUCAUCGGGGGCCAAUUCACUGGAAAUUUCUGCGCGCGCGACUUGAAGAAGCAAUUCCACGUCACGGUGGUCGAUGCCAAGGAAUACUUCGAGUACACCCCGGGCGUGCUGCGCGCCUAUGUGAAGCCUUGCCACCUGGACGCCCUCACCUUCACCCUGCAGCCCGUGUACGAGCGCCGCAUCGGCGUGAAGUUCAUCUGGGGCGAGGUCAAGACGCUCAAGGAGAGAACCGCCAGCAUCAAGACCAUGUUCUCCUCCGAGGAGGACGAGGUCGGCUUCGACUUCUGCAUCAUCUGUUCGGGCUGCAACUUCGGCCCCUUCAAUGUGGACAUGAAGCCGUCGACGACGGGAGAGUCGCUGUGGUUCCCCACCGUUCACGAAUUCGGGCGCGCUGGCAGCGAGUGGGCACACAUCGACGAGCGCUUCAUCGAAGGGCGCCGCCGCCACAUCUUGGAGGAGUACCACAAGCUCAUCGAGCUGGAGAAAAAGGAGGCCAAGGUGCUGGUUGCUGGAGCGGGCUUCAUUGGUGUGGAGUGGGUCACCGAGCUGGAGUACUUCUUCCCAAAGCUCAAGCUGGCCAUCAUCGAUUUUCUGCCCCGCAUUCUGGGCUCCCUGCCGGACAGCGCUGCGGGCUACUGCUCCGAGUACAUGGCCGCCGCAGGCAUUAAGGAGUACGUCAGCACGAAGUACGAUCCCGGCAACUCGGAGUUCUGGAACAAGAUCGACAUGCCCGACAAGUCUGAUCUUACAUACCUGUGCAUGGGCUUCAAAGCUUCCAACUACUUCAUGCCCCAAGAGACCCUCGCCAGGCCUGGCCUGGUCCCCGGUGGUGGCGGCUGGAUCCACAUCAAUAACAACUUGCAGGUGUGCGAAGCGCCGGCGGAAGACGCGGCCAAAGAGGAGAUUGCGGAGAGCCUUGAGGCGCUGAAGGAGGGCUCCAAGCCAGGGGGCAAGUGGGAGUUCAAGCCCGGCAAGACGUGGGCGGACGGCCGCAUCUUCGCCGUGGGAGAUUGCAACUUUGGGUGCGUCGGCAGGUACAGGAAGUACAAGAAGGGCGAGGGCACGGGCAUGCACUUCGUGGGCGACUUCCCCAUCAUCCCGAAGAUCUCCUACCCGGGCGAGGAGCAGGCACUGCACGCGGUGCGGAACGUGCAGAAGCUCGACAAGGCAGUCAAGAGUGGCAAGAAGACCAGCGAGGUGACGGGGCUGAUCAAGUCUUGGUGGCCGUGGGGCGCUGGCAUGUUCGCCACCAGCCUGGGCCCCCACGACGCCGCCUUCGUGGUGGCCGCCAACGAGAAGCCGAAGUCGGGCUACAUGGUGAACUGGUGGAUCCCCGCCGCGCUGCAGAAGGAGAUCAUCGAGACCACCAAGAUCGACGAGUGCCGCGACCGCUGGGUCGGCAUCCUCAUCUGGCACUUCGUGCACCACACGCCGGUGCACCUCUUCGGCCGCGGGCCCUGCUGCGGCAUCUGA